AUGUGCACGCGGCAGCUGGGCGCCGGGAAUUUCGGAUGUGUCUACGAGGCCCUCUACCAGUAUGAUCCCUACAAAAAGCCGCAACCCUGCGCGGUGAAGACGCUUUUCGGCGAGAAUAUGGAUGCGCUACAGCGGAGUGAAUUCUAUUCGGAAGCUAAUCAGAUGAAGGAGCUCAACCACCCGAAUGUAGUCGCCUUCUACGGCGUGGCGACGACGGACGAGCCGAUGCUGCUCGUCAUGGAGCUCGUCGGCGCCAGUUUACAGGGAAAAAUCGAGAAAGAAGAGCAAACCGAGAUCGUGCGACUGAACUGGAUCUACGACGCGGCGAAGGGGAUGCAGUGUUUGGAGGAGCAUGGUGUGCUUCAUCGCGACGUGGCAGCCCGAAAUUUCCUGCUCGACCGCGAGGGCGUCCACGUGAAGGUAUCCGAUUUUGGGCUGUCGAUGGCCCGCGGUGCCAAGGUGGACCCCAAGAAGAACGCCUUGCCGUUGAGAUAUUGGCCACCGGAAGUGCUGAAAAGCUACAGCAAAGCGCAGCCGCACUUUGACCACAAGGCUGACGUCUGGAGCUUUGGCGUCAUGGUCACUGAGCUGUACACCCGCGGGAAGCGCCCGUUCGAGAUCCUCGAGGAGAAAAACCCGGACGUGCGCUUCCAGGCGCUGAUCAAAAAGACGAAGAAGGAUUGCUGGAAAAACUACCCGCUGCUGAUCCCGAUGCGCGGCGACCUGGAGAAGAUUGUGCAUCGGUGUUUCGAAUAUGACCCCAAGGAUCGGCCGACAUUUGCCGAAUUGGUCCAACUGCUCGCCGAGCUCCCCGACGUCGUCGUUCAUGUGCACGAGAAGCCAAAGAGCCUUCGCCGCCUAAUUAUCGACUGGUUCCUCGAAUCCGACCCA